AUGGCGGACUCACUGACCGAGGAGCAAGUCUCCGAGUUCAAGGAGGCCUUCUCCCUCUUCGACAAGGACGGCGAUGGCCAAAUCACCACCAAAGAGCUCGGCACCGUCAUGCGCUCCCUCGGCCAGAACCCCAGCGAAAGCGAGCUCCAGGACAUGAUCAACGAGGUCGACGCCGACAACAACGGCACCAUCGAUUUCCCCGAGUUCCUCACCAUGAUGGCCCGCAAGAUGAAGGACACGGACUCUGAGGAGGAGAUCCGUGAGGCCUUCAAGGUCUUCGAUCGCGACAACAACGGCUUCAUCUCCGCUGCUGAGCUGAGACAUGUCAUGACCAGCAUUGGCGAGAAGUUGACCGAUGACGAGGUGGAUGAGAUGAUUCGGGAGGCUGAUCAGGAUGGUGAUGGAAGGAUUGACUACAACGAAUUCGUCCAACUUAUGAUGCAAAAGUAG